UGAAAUCCAACUUCGAAUGUUUUCUACCUCUGUCAUUUGCUGGAGGACAUAUUCCGCCAGAUCCCCGGAAUAUCAUUUCUCCACCCCCGUCGCCGCCGAAGAUGCCCGCGCCCUGACCUCCGAGCUCUGUUCCUACAUUCCCGCAUCAUCUCUCACAAUGGCGAAAAGAGCAUUACCCAAGGAGCAAAUGGUCAAAUUGAUCGUGGGUGCAGGACAGGCGUCGCCGUCGCCGCCCGUAGGUCCCGCGCUAGGUAGUAAGGGUGUCAAGAGUAUGGAUUUCUGCAAGGAAUUCAACGCCCGCACCGCACAAUACAUCACCGGCACACCCAUCCCCGCCCUCAUCACCGUCCGCCCCGACCGCUCCUUCCACUUCCAGAUCCGCACCCCGCCCACCGCCACGAUGCUCCUCACCGCGGCCGGCGCACCGAUGUCCAAAUCCAAAGUCCGCGGCGCUGGAAACGUGCCGGGACCUAUGAACAACCAAGAGGGUCAAAAGGGCAAAACGAGUAACGGCAGCCCGACGAAUGGACAUGCGGCGUUUGGAACCGUGGGGACGGUUAGCUUGAAGCAUGUGUAUGAGAUUGCCAGGAUUAAGCAGAGCGAGUCGAGGCUCAAGGGGUUGAGUUUGGAGGGUUUGGCAAGGAGUGUGGUGGGGCAGGCGGCAAGCUUGGGGGUUGUGGUUGUGCCUUGA